CCCACUACGACUCCGCCUCACGACCUACUCGACCCAAAUACCCUCUUGAAUUAAUCUCUAACUGCCAGAGAACCCCGACGCGAUGUCGAUGCUAGACAAGUUCCGUAAAGGCGCGGCGAAGGCGGGCAUUCAGGCAUCCGCGUUUCUGAAGGAGGGGGGCAACAAGAUUGCGAACGAAUCGCAGCACUUUGUCCAGGGCUUCUCCCUCCCCGGCGAGGCGGAGAAGGCGGCGAAGAUACUCGAGAGCUUCCUAGCGGAUCCCGAGCACCCUGAAUCUGCCCUCAACGCCAUCCCCAAAGCCGUUCUGCAGCGCGCACGCGGUCUUGCCAUCUUCUCCGUCGUAAAGGCAGGCUUCGUGUUCUCCGGCAAGGCGGGCUCGGGAAUCGUCAUCGCACGGCUGCCCGACGGCUCAUGGUCUGCACCGUCGUGCAUCGCGACUGGGGGCGUCGGCUGGGGCUUGCAGAUCGGUGCGGACAUCACCGACUUCGUUAUCGUGCUCAACAGCGAGGAGGCCGUGCGCGCGUUCGCGAUGGGCGGCAACGUCACCAUCGGCGGGAACAUCAGCGCCGCGGCGGGCCCCAUCGGCACUGGGGGUGCCGUGCAAGCAUCGCUCGCGCAUCCCGCGCCCAUGUUCAGCUACUCGAAGUCGAAAGGGCUCUUCGCGGGACUGUCGCUCGAGGGAACGGUGCUGCUCGAGCGCAAGGAUGCGAACCGCGACUUUUACGGCUCGGUUGUGCCCGCACGCGACAUCCUGAGUGGACGGGUGCCGCCACCCGAGGUCGCGUCGAAGCUAUACGAAGUUAUUGAGGCGGCGGAGGGUGUCGACGAGUCCGGCCUCCCGGAGAGCGCAUAUGUGCCGACCGCGACGGGUGACCACCUCGAUAUUAGGCAUGGCGGCACGGUCUUCGACGCCGAGGGGCACUGAGCGGCUGGGCUAGGAGGAUAGGAGUGCGCACCCUGGCCUUGACAUUCCGGGAAAGGCGCGUGCGGGGGCUGCGGACGGCUCCAUUCUGCACUCGGGACCUCGGCGGCGGGUGCGGGGCCCCGCCUCCAGACUGUGCGAUGCGUGCGGGGACUGGGGUGGGGUGUCAUGGGAGGCGGCGCGAGCGCAGACCAGCCACUACGCCGCGCUGCACACGGAAUGGGAAUGACCGUUAUGAUGAUUCACUGUAAUGAUACAAGCUCUCUGAUUUUCUGACCGCAUCUCCGGCCCCUUGUCUCAUCGUUUCUUGGCCCCCGGGUUGCUGCUCUCCGCCCUGUACAUAUGACCCCCCGCGUUGGUUGCACUAUCAUACGGACAUGUUUGUUUU